CAUUGGAAAUGUUAGAUUGUUAAUAUUGUGUGAUAGCCAGGCUCAGCAAGAGAACAUUUUGAAAAUGGAAAAGCUUAAUGGGAAGAAGAUGAAAAGUAAUGUCCCUGGUGCUUAUCCUAGAUUGAGGGCAGUCAUCACUGGGGUCCCAAUAUCUGUGUUCAUAGAUUAUAUUAAAAAGAUAUAGGCUCAGUCAUGAUGUAAGGUUAUCAAUACGACCCGGGUUGUGGAAAGCAGAAAUGCCAGGUUGAGGGUAUUGUGGAGAUGACAAAAUAGAUAUUGGUGUUAACAGAUGUUACUGUUGGUUGUUGACAUGCUGAGCAAUCCUAAAGGUGGAGUGUUUCAGCAUGAUAUAGAUCAAUUCCAAUGAGGUUGGGGAGUUGUUUUGGGGGGAAGGUGUGGUAGAAGUUAGGGAUUUAUUUGGUUUUGAAUUUUAUGUUCAUGGUAGUACAGAAUUGGGCAGAUCAUGAUUGAUCGUACAUUCCAGCACAGUUGGUGGCGGCAUUCACUUGAACUAUUAUUUUCGGGCCGCCAUUAUAUCAUAGAAUAAUUCGAAUUAGCGCAAGCGCAGCAAAUCUGGUGUUUGUUUUCAUCCCCUACGUGCAGUAGAUGGCAGCAAAUCUGCAGAACGAUGUGGAAAUAUUUUGUAACAGUAGAGGUAGAAAUCUUCUUUGGUGGUUUGUUUUGAGUCUUUGGGGGACCAAAACAACACGACGUAAAUAAUGUGUUAAAAGCCAUUAGGAAUGAUAGUUAAGCAUUUGUCUCACAUUCGUAAAAUAGAAAUACCAUCCGCUGACAUCGAAAGUACACCGUUCCUUCUGCGUUAAAUGCUCCUGAAGUCAUAAUUUUGAUGCCAUGGUAAAGAACUGCAUUGGUCCAAAGAGCAUCUGAGCUACAGUCAUUAUCAUGGAACAGAAAAGGCUUUCAGAAUAAGUCACUUGCCCACACACAUGAGUGCUGUGUUCCCCUUGCGCUGGGCCAAGCGCCAUGCCUGACCGGGACAGCACCUACCUGUCAGGUGGUGGUGGGAGCAGCAGCGGCGGGGUGGGUACUAGUGUAAGCGAGGAAGUGGGGUCUGGUUUAGGAGGGGGCACGGGAGAAGGCCGGGGGGGAUCCGCAGGAGGUGAAGACUGUGGCUCUGGUUCUGGGGGCAUGGGUGGAGGAGGGGCCCUGGGGAAUGGGAACAACUGCGGGGGAGGUGGAGCCGGGGGCCCGGGGUCAGGACCGGCCCCGGACGGGGUCUGUAGAGACUUCUUGAGGAACGUGUGUAAGAGGGGCAAACGCUGCCGCUUCAAACACCCCGACUUCAACGAGGUGCCAGACCUCGGGGUGCAGAAGAACGAGUUUGUAUUCUGCCAUGACUACCAGAACAAGGAGUGUGUCCGCUCCAACUGCCGCUUCGUCCACGGCUCCAAGGAGGAUGAGGACUACUAUAAGAUGUCAGGGGAGCUACCCCUCAGGUUGAGGGGGAAAGUAGCUGCAGGACUGGGCCUGUCCCCCAUGGACCUCCCACACAGCCGAGGGGAGGUCCCCAUCUGCAGGGACUUUCUGAAGGGUGAGUGCCAGCGGGGCAGCAAGUGUAAGUUCCGCCACGUCAAGAAGGACAACGAGUAUGAGCCGGCAAGAGUGGGUGUGGGGAGUGUGUUGGGCCCAGGGGCCAGUGGGAUGGUGAACACAGGCGGAGGGGUUGGGGUGGGUGCCUGUGGAGGCAUGGCUGGACUGGUGGGGGGUGGAGGUGGGGGCAACAUGAUUGGGAUGGGCUGCCCCAGCCUUGGGGGUUGCAGAGACCUGGGUAUCUUAGGGGUUGAAGGAGUAGGGGUAAGUGGGAUUGGGGGUUGCAUCUCCAUGGGGGCCUCAGGACCUCGUCGUUUUGACAGGGGCCCCUGCUCGGCGUACGACCCCCUGUUUGAGAGUGGUCUGUAUGAGACAUCGCCCCUGGAAGCCCCUGUGGACCACACAAUGCUGCAGCUGAAGAGACGCAGGCUGGAGGGUCUCCGGCUGGACGGGAACGGAGGGGGGCACUAUGAGCUGGGGGUGCAGGCUGCCCUCUCACCCCAGCCGCUGGAGUACAGGUUUCUGGAGGAGGAAAACACCCUACUGAGGAGGAGAGUGGAUGAAUUGAAGAAACAGGUCUCAAACCUCAUGGCCACCAACGAGGUGCUGCUGGAGCAGAAUGCCCAGUUCCGGAGCCAGACCAAGGUGUCGGUGAUGACCCUGUCCUCCACCCCAGCCCCCUCUGAGCAGACCAUGGCGUCCCCCGUGGGCUCGGUCAGUUCCUACAACCACAGCAUCGCCCAGACCCAUACCACCCUGAGCAGCGCCGGGCUGCAGCCUCGUACCGUCACCCUCACACAGCAGGACCUAGUGGCCCCCACCGGUGCCCCUACAGUGCCCCCAUCUAACGCUGCCCCACCCAGCGCUCCCCUGCCCCACCUCAACCCCGAGAUCACCCCGCUCUCAGCCGCCCUGGUUCAGACCAUUGCCCAGGGCAUGGUGCCUCCCGUCUCCAUGGCACCCGUCACUGUUUCAGUGGCACCGGUGGCUGUAUCCAUGGCACAGCCUCUGCCUGGCAUCACUAUAAGCCAUGCCACCACCCCCAUGGUGUCAUACCCUAUCGCCAGCCAGAGUAUGAGGAUCACCACCAUACCUCACUGAUGCAGCACACUCUCUAGGACCCUCCCAUGGAACUAAAGAUGGAAUUCUACAUACCAUCCCUCUCUCAAGUUUUAAUUACCCACUGCUGAAUGACUUGAGGGGAGACGUUGAGGUGGGUGAUCCCUAAUGCCCACAUGCCAUGGGCAGAGAAAAGGUUAAUGAUGAUAGGAUGCCUUCACCACACAAACCCUGCUCUGUGGCAGCGUUGCAGGUAGUCCCUGAGGUGACCUCUGAACUUCUUAAAGGUUUGUGUGCUAAAGGGACUUCUUCAAAGCGACACCAAAAAUAACAACAAACUGUAAAAACGUCAGGGUGAUGUUCUUUGACAAAUGACUGUCAUGACAUUGCAAAGGGUUUAUGACAUUUCAGUAGCUUCCAUUAUUUAUGUUUUUGGGUUUUGCUUGUGUAACUUUGCUUGUGUAACUCACAAGAAAAUGAAUUUGUCCUGUUAUUACUAAUUAAUCAAGUUAUCUAGAGUAAUGUUAUGGGAGGAUAAGGUUACUGAUUGACACACCAUCAGAUACCUUUUUCAGUGUUUGAAGCAUUGGUAUCUUUGUCCUUGCCAGCCUAAACUCAGUUGACCCUAAACAAAGGUAAGUCUACCAUGAAGGGAAUAAGCUUGGAAUAGAAACACCUUUAGUAAACAUGUUUUUGAUAAAUUCCAAAUGUACUCAGCGUUUUAUACAUUUACAUUUGUAAUUUAGCAGACGCUCUUAUUCAGAGCGACUUAGUGCAUUCAUCUUAAGAUAGCUAGGUGGGCCAACCACAUUUCAGUCAUAGCUACUUUGAGGAAAAAUAUGCUUACUAUCUGUAAAGUCAGUGCCCAGGUGGUUCCACCUUGGGGUGCCAGGACAGAGAAAAGCUUUGACUGAGCUGGAGCUGCCCUUCCGUAGGGGUGGGAGGGCCAAGACACCAGAGGUGGCAGAGUACUUGGGUUGGUGUAGGGUAUCAGCAUAGUGUGCUUCAGUGUACUUCUACACUUGCAUUGCUUGCUGUUUGGGGGUUUUGGCUGGGUUUCUGUACAGCACUUUGUGACAUCCAGAAGGGCUUUAGAAUAAAUUUGAUUGAUUGAG